AUGAAUGAAGGAAACUACUCCUCUGUAAAUGAAUUUAUUCUUUUGGGACUCACAGAUAAUCCCAAAAUGCAGCUGCCUCUUUUUGCAUUGUUCCUGCUGGUUUAUAUCAUUAUUGUAAUAGGGAAUGUGGGGAUGAUUUUGUUAAUCUGCACUGUUCCCCAGCUUCACAACCCCAUGUACUUUUUCCUGGGUAAUUUAUCUGUUGUUGACCUCUGCUACUCUACAGUCACUGCCCCCAAAAUGCUGGCUGAUUUCUUAGCUGACAGUAAAAGGAUAUCAUAUAAUGCCUGUGCUUUACAGCUAUAUUUAUUUGCAUUUUUUGCAGAUGUAGAAUGUGCAUUGUUGGCUGUGAUGGCCUAUGAUCGAUACGUGGCUAUCUGCAAUCCAUUGCUCUAUACAGUCAUUAUGUCAAAUAAGGUCUGCAAAAGGCUAAUGGCUGUAGCAUAUAUUAUAGGCACGGUAGAUUCAAUUGCAUACACCUGCUCUAUAUUCCAGCUUUCAUUCUGCAGCUCCAACAUCAUCAACCAUUUCUUCUGUGACAUGCCUCCCCUCUUUGAGCUCUCGUGUUCUGACACCUAUAUCAGUGAGAUUGUGGUGUUUAUCUUUGAUGGCUAUGUUGAAGCAGGUAGCCUCGGAAUUAUUCUUGUUUCCUAUAUUUAUAUCUUGACUACCAUUAUGAGAAUGCGAUCUGCAGAAGGUAGACAAAAAGCCUUUUCUACCUGCACCUCCCACUUGACAAUUGUCAGGAUGUUCCAUGGGACAGCACUCUUCAUGUAUCUUCAACCCAGCUCUAGCCACUCAAUGGAAGAAGACAAAUGGAUCUCAUUAUUCUAUGCUGUAAUAAUCCCUAUGCUAAACCCCCUGAUCUACAGUCUCAGGAACAAAGAUGUAAAACAUGCCCUAACAAGAGCCCUUCGUAAGAUAGGGCUUCUGAAAAGGAAUGAUACUGUUUCAAAAUAG